CCUUUUAGAAGAAAAAGAGAACGAAUCUACUUAGUCAAAAUGGCAAAUCUGACCGAGAAAGAUUACGCACCGCUGACUGCGGCUUGUGUCCGCGCCUUAAACGACAAACUGUACGAGAAACGGAAGACCGCGGCUCUGGAAAUCGAGAAGAUGGUAAAGGACUUCACUGCCAAGAACAAUGUGAUGCAGAUCAAGAAGCUGCUUAAGCUCCUGGGCCAGGACUUUACCCUGGCACACAACCCCAACAGCCGGAAGGGCGGCCUCAUCGGGUUGGCGGCCAUGUCCAUUGCCCUGGGCAAGGACUCGUCUCUGUAUGUGGACGACUUGGUGAAGCCCAUCCUGGCCUGCCUGAGCGACUCAGAGAGCAGGGUGCGCUACUACGCCUGCGAGGCCCUCUACAAUGUGGUCAAGGUCGCUCGGGGUUCCGUGCUACCCAACUUCAACGACAUCUUCGACUGUCUCAGCAAGUUGGCUGCCGACUCGGACCAGCACGUCAAGAAUGGGUCGGAGCUGCUGGACCGACUGCUGAAGGACAUAGUGACGGAGAGCGCCUCAUUUGACCUGGUCGCGUUCAUGCCACUACUGCGGGAACGUGUGUACACCAAGAACCACUUUGCCAGGGCGUUCAUUGUUUCGUGGGUGUCAGUGAUGAACUCUGUUCCGGACAUUGACAUGCUCAUCUUCCUACCCGAGAUCUUGGACGGACUCUUCAACAUCCUCGAGGAUCCUUCUGUGGAGCUCAAGAAGAUGUGCGAGACGACACUGGGGGAGUUUUUACGCAACAUCAUCAAGAACCCGCAGCGGGUGGACUUUGCAGCCAUGAUUGUGAUCCUUAUUGUCCACUCCCAUUCCCCAGAGGAGCUGGUCCAGUACACUGCCAUCAACUGGAUGAAGGAGUUUGUGACAUUGUCGGGCCGGACGCUCAUACCACACGCGUCGGGCAUCCUGGAGGCCGUGCUGCCCACACUGUCCUACGACGACAAUCGACGGAACAUCCGCGAGACGGCCAGGGCAGUCAACCAGCGGCUGAUGCAGCUGGUGACGCAAGAGGACGACCGGCCGGAGAGUCCGACCGACGAGAGCAAGGUUGACGAGGGUGUGCCGCACCCCGCCCCCAAGAAGGGAGCCCACAACCCGGCAGAGCUCGACCUCACCCCGCUGGUGAACGUGCUCACCAAGCAGCUGCAGCACGUGUCAAUGCAGACCCGCAUCGCGGUGCUGCGCUGGUUCUUCCACCUCUACAUCAAGAUCCCCAACAAGAUAUUUCGCCACGUGGAUGAAAUCUUCCCAAUGUUGCUCCAGACCUUGUCCGACCCUUCAGACGAGGUGGUGCUGCUCGACUUAGAAGUGCUGGCUGAGAUUUCGUCCUCGACGGCCGGCUGCAAGUCCGGCGAGGGGGCUGUAAACGCGGGCGACGUCGGCGCGGGUGCGGCGGCCGUCGCAAUGACGGCGAGCGGCAUGAACAGCUACUUCGGCCGGUUUAUGCUGUCACUGCUGGAGAUGUUCAGCUCGGAUGGGCAGCUUCUGGAGGACCGGGGCUCCUUCAUCAUCAGGCAGCUGUGCAUGCUGCUGAAUGCAGAGGACAUCUACCGGGCCAUGGCGAGCAUCCUGCAGGCCAAGGAGGACCUACGCUUUGCUGCUCACAUGGUCCAGACCCUCAACACCAUCCUGCUUACCUCCACCGAGCUCUUCGAACUGCGCAACCAGCUCAAGGAUUUACGCACGCAGGAGAGCUGCUCCCUGUUUUGCUGCCUGUACAGGACUUGGUGUCACAACCCCGUGGCAACCAUCUCCCUUUGCCUGCUGACACAGAACUACGAGCACGCCUGCCGUAUGCUCCACCUCUUCAGCGACAUUGAAGUGACUGUGGACUUCCUGACGGAGAUAGACAAGCUCGUCCAGCUCAUUGAGUCGCCAAUCUUUACUUACCUGCGGCUGCAGCUGCUGGACACGCCGCGCAACUCGUUCCUGGUGAAGUCCCUGUACGGGCUGCUCAUGCUGCUGCCCCAGAGCGAGGCCUUCCACACCCUGCGCACCCGGCUCGCCUGCGUGCCCCACGCGCAGCUCUUUCCCACCCAGGAACAGCAGACGUCCACCACCCCCGAGGCCCCACAGAGCGACUUGUGCAAGUCGAAGAUUGACUUCCAGGAGCUUUUGGACCACUUCGAGCAAGUCCAAGAGUGCCACAAGAAGUCCAAGCCUGCCACCAGGCUGAGUGAGAGGACUGACCACCCCGGUGGCACAAGCUAGUCCGCCUAGUCGACCAAUCAACUGUUGCGGCUUAGCGGUGUCUCGGAUUCCGUGCAGGCGGCUUGCUAGGCGGCUUCGUUCGAUUCUCGGCAUGCACCAUCUUUGGCUACUUUAGUCGUGUACAUACCUUUAAUUUAUACGUCUGAUUAAAAAUUCAUUGCUCAUA